GAGCAGACCAGCAAAGAUUGAGCUGGUCUCCAGGAUAGCUCAGCUCCUUUCUUUGCUACUUGCAUGUCUGCAUUUUUUCAAGCAUUCUCUGUCUUUGGCAGUGUCUACAAGCACCAACAAAAUGAUCCUGACAGUUAAAGCUGUUCUGUGGGUCACAUUUUGGGUUUUUUAAUUUUCAAGCUACAUUUAUUUUCUUUCUCAACAGGAGACUGGUUGAGCUCUGAUCUGAUCUUUCUGGAGGAGGGUCUGGAUCCUUUGUCAGCCACAACUUUUCUAUUUGCUCCUGAGAGGAGCAACGGCUUCAACAGGAAAUAAUUUCUGUAACAGUUUUGUCAGCAGCCUUGAACUUUGUGAAUGCCCACAGACAAUGUGGCUGGUGCUUCAUUCCUGAGUGUCAGUGCGCUAACAAACGAGUGAAACUAGUGUUUCCUGAGUACAGCCAGACUGACCCAAGUGAUUUUGGUUAGACACAGGAAAAUGCAUUUGGUCACUCUGUCACUAGUGCACAAGACUUUGAAAAAGGACAUUGCUCAUAGAAAGACCUGACACCCAUAGUGACAGGCAUUGCUGAGGGAAUGGCUCAGCCACAAAGGAUCCUCUUUCCCCCAGAGGAGAUUUGCAUGGACUGGCAGCAAAGACAGAGACCUGGAGCAGGACUUUGCAAUCUGGGCAGUACUUGCUACAUCAAUGUCAUCCUGCAGUGCCUGACAUACACACCCCCUCUGGCCAACUACUUGCUCUCUCGUGACCAUAGCCAGUUGUGUCAUCAGCAAGGCUUCUGCAUGAUGUGCAUCAUGGAAGCACACGUUAGGAAAGUCCUGUGCUCUUCAGCCAAUGUCAUCUGGCCUAGGGCUGUUGUCAGGGACCUCAAAUUCAUAGGAGAAGAAUUUGAGCCUGACAUGGCUGGAGAUGCUUAUGAGUUCUUACGCUGUGCUCUUGAGGCCAUGCAGAGAGCUUGUCUGAAUGGAAGCAGCGAAGUGGACAUCUCUUCUCAAACAACUACUAUCAUCCAUCAAAUAUUUGGGGGCUUUCUGAAAUCCAGAGUCAAAUGUUUGAGAUGCCAAGCAGUUUCUGAUUCCUACAAGGCUUUCCUGCAUGUCCUUUUGGAUAUCAAAGCACCCUCAUCUCUCACCAAAGCUCUGGAGAACUUUGUGACACCCAAGAAUCUGGAUGGAAAAUACUGCCUCAAAUGUAGCAGGUGUGAGAAGAAGGUAACCGCCUCUAAGAGGGUUACAGUCCAUCGUGUGCCCAAGGUCUUCACGGUGUGCCUGGAAAGGGCUGCCGAUCACACAGGCAGAAAGAUCAGCAAGAUUGUUGAAUAUCCUGAGUACUUGGAUCUUCGGCCAUACAUGUCUGACACAGCUGGAGAACCCCUCCUCUACUCCUUAUAUGCUCUUGUGGUGCACAGUGGUGACACCUGUCUUGAUGGACACUUCUUCUGCUAUACAAAGGCCAGCAAUGGACAAUGGUACAAGAUGGAUGAUGAGUCUGUGGAUAAUUGUGGCAUCCAUGCAGUUCUCAGGCAGCAAGCCUAUUUGCUAUUCUAUGCCAGAUGCUCUGAUUUGAAAACGGGAGGAAUGGUGGCUUCCUCUCUGACACCAUCCUAUGCCCAUUCCUUCCUCAGUCAGUGGGGGGCCAGCAAUGACCAGGCUGCAGGGACAUAUGGUCAACCUGGUAGGAUUAUAUCAAUGCACUGCCAGAGGACAAGUGCCAGGGAGAGCAUCCAGAGUAGAUCCCUGCAGUGGGGCAAUGAUCACUGUAGCUGGUUCAUGAACAGCACUGACUCCAACUCAGCAGGGAGGAAAAGAAAGAGAAGUACUCCUCCAGGUCAUGACCAUGCUGUCAAGGAUGGCGCAGCUUCAAGGCCCCUCAGCAGAAGCUGUCAGUGGGCUCCUGUACCCAGUGCUACUUGGGUGCAACAUCUGCCAAGACAAAGAGAGCAGGGAAGAUCACCACAGCUGGGCUAUAAUCUCCGCAGACGGUUUGUGGAGAUCACAGACUACCACCAGUCAGCAAAGAGGAGGAGAAAACACUAAUUUGGAACAAACAGACAGAAAAGACAAAGCCAGAAUUAAAACCCCUUGUUAGUCUUGUGUGUGUAAUUUACAAGGUGUUUCCUUCUCUGUAGGUUUUGGGGCAAUUAGUGGAAAUGCCCCCUGUGGGAUGUUUGUAUAAUGGGAUUUUGAAAGCUGCAAGCUUGCGUGUGCCCAACUGGCAAUCUCUUAUUUUUUAAAUGUGGAGUUCAAGUCACUCAAAAGGACAUGAAUUGGACAAGCCAACAGUGACAGGGACUCAAAAAGGCUAGAUGGCUGGGCCCAAAGGGUGCUGCUCAGUGCCACAAAGUCUAUUGUGGUGCCAGGAACAAACACUGUCUCCCAGGAAUCAGCACUGGGAUUGAUCCUGGUUAACAUCUUCUUCAACUAAUGGUCUGUCUUCUGGGGCAGAGGACAUACUCAGCAAAUUGACACAUGACAGCAAACUGGAAGAGUAGCACUUAGGCCAGGGGUUGUGCUGCUGUCCCUGAGUGAUCUAGGCAGGCUGGAGAGACAGGCUGGCAAGGGUCCUUUGCAGUUGAAAAAGGGAAGUGUAAAGUGUGACGAGCACCAGCAGAGACUACUGAGUGAGCCCAUGGAGGCUCCAUCCUUGGGCAUAUUCCAUAGCCCUCUGUGCAUGAUCAUGGAGAAGUGGCUUCAGGUGCUCUUGCUUGAGAAGGGGGGUGGGAAAGUCCUGAUUCACCCUCCAGAUAACAUUCCUCCCCAUCCUGCCACAGUGUCCAAACACGGCCCCCUUGCAGCUGGCCCUGGAUCAGCUAGCAAAUUUUGAGGAUAAAUGCCUUCUGCUGCUACUUGCCUUAACAAUGUUCCUACCCAUUCUACUUCAACCAAUCCUUUCCCAACAUACAAGGACCAUCUGACCCCUGUUGCAGAGACCCCUUCUUUACUCUCCUUAUUGCCUCCCUGGGUGUGGAUUUUCUUUAAUUACCUCUGCAAGAAUGUACAAACUUCUUCAAUAUUCUCCCAAACAAUUCUUUGGAUAUAUUUUGGGAACAACAUACCUUUUGCCAGGACCUGGCUUUAUCUGUGCUACCCUACAUGGGUGCUCUCUCAGCUUUACUUCCUGAAAAUCCCAUUGACUGGUGAGAUUUUCAGUGGUUCUUCCCUGUGAACUCUUCAUGGAGCCCCUGGUCCAUCAAUUGUCUCAAAUGGACACUAUCAGGUACCCAAUCAAUUGCCCAGUGCUGGACUCCACCAAAAAGAACAGAACACCAAAACUGAGUGAGGGGCACCUUCAGCUUCCCUUGCUGCCCCUGGGUGGUGAAAAGGAUCCUGAAUGAGCUCCCAUUUUGUUAGGAAAAUUAAUCCUCUGUGUCAGAGGUUUAUGUCUGAAAAGGAAACAAGGAAAUCCUAUUGCCAACCAGGGGUCUAUGUACAAACCACGAAUGGGAUGGGACUGCUGAGGAAUGGAUCUUAAGCUGUUUAUUGUCUAGCAUCAGUCUCAUUACCUGGUUAUGAAAAUGGCAAAAUGCCAACACCUCACAUCCCCAGCAGCAGACCAAGAACAUAAUGUUACAACUUACUUGGCAAGUUUUUUGACCAAUCACACAAACAAAAAACAUAUUGACAGUAAAUCUAUCCAACCACUAUAAGCACACAUUGUUGUGGUGCAUGGU